UUCUGCGUUAUUACUUUCCCCUUCCUGCGAAUAAGGUUACCUAGCUGCAUACUUCGGCCAAUCUCAAAAUGUGCGGGUGCUUCACAAUUAAGAUUUCCAAGGAAAGAACAUCUCCCGUGAAUUCCUUCACUAGGCCAUUAUGUACCAAUUUGUCUUUUCCUCUCACAAUUCUUCUCCAGUCGCAUCUUUCAAGCAUUACUCUUCCCUGCCAGCUCACGUGCACCCUCGAGUUGAGGCCAUUGCAGCAACCCCAUCUCUUCUACUCUACAUCCCCUUUCGACCCUAGCAUUAGUACACUCACUAUUCUAUAAUGCACGAAUUGUGACAUUACCUCUAGUAUUGCUGCCGCUAUGGCACCCACCGAAAAGUCUAAAGCCACGAAAGGCACUGCAACAAAGAAGCCGGACAUUCUUAGAUCCGUCAUUAAGCAAAAUCGAGCUUCACACAAAUACACUCAACCUCAACGAAGCUCUCUACGUAGAGCAAUCCAAGAGAGUCUACGAGACUCAACGGCCGCUAAGACUAACACUACUCCUCCCCCUACUCUACAGCAGCUUUCAUCCCCAUCCACCCCGAUAUCGCCCAAGAAUAUCAGCCCGCAACGUAGAUCAUUACGCCAAGUACUAAAAGAGAGCUUGCACGAUGUCUCUUCUAUUCCCACUUUAAACACACCUCCUUCUACUCCAUCGUCAACACUGUCGUCGGUAUCAUCUAAGACCACACCGAGUACCAUUUCAACCCCUACGACACCGUCUUUGCAAACUUUUGUACCACUGACACCCGCCACACCUUCGUCAUCUACAUCAUCGACUAAGGCUCCCACUACAACAUCAUCGCCCUCGACUACCCAAUUGAGACGAAGUGGUAGACAGAGCGUGCUUCGGAAGCGUGGACAUCAGGAUGGGGGUAAGCUCGGUCGAUUCAAGGAAGACGACAGUGGCGAUGAGGAUGGUAACUACGACGACGGCGGCGGCGGAGAGGAUAUCGAUGGCGACGAGCGCGAAGAAAGUGAUGAUGACGAAUUAGCAGCGAAGGCUGACACUCAAGGAAUCCCUACAUCUCGUAAGGGUUGGUAUCGCGUUCGAUCGAUCAUCACCGAAGCACAAAACCGAGAUGGUCGCCUUGUUUACCUAGUUGAAUGGGAAGGUCUUGAUCCGCGAACAGGAAUCGGCUGGCCUAGCUCUUGGGUCGAUUCGAAGCACGUGUCGGCGGCAGCGAUUCGCGAGUGGCAAAGCAUGCGAGAUGCGAUUACUGGUAGAUGAUGGGAAGAUAGAAUGGGAUCGGGAUCGGGGAGAUGGGGCCAACAAGUUAACUCGAUCGCGCGGGCGGACCCGCAUUAUCGCCGAAAUCCGUUCGUGUUACCUAUCUAUAUUUGCUUCUACAACGGGCGCCUAGGGAGGGGAAUUUAAGAGGAUGGAAACUUAUCGGAGUACAAUCUCGUUGGCUAGGCUUAGCCAGGAAUUUGCAUGGCGU